AGUGAAAGGUAGGUUCUCGCGACCUUGGGCGGACGCAUUGUUGUUUCGCGAUCAUUCCAUUGCAGCAGGGUACUAGCGCUUGUCAACAUGGCGAAGUUGGGAGAAGGUGAUCCUAGGUGGAUUGUAGAGGAAAGAGCAGAUGCAAAAAAUGUUAAUAAUUGGCACUGGUCAGAUAAAGACGCAACCGGCUGGUCUAUAAAUAAGAUAAAAGAGCUAUUGAAAGGUUCUAAGAUUGAAAAUGACUUAUAUUCUUGUAAAAUCACUGAUAUUUCUAAACUUGAUGGGGAGGCUAACGUUUAUGUUCGAAAAGGAAAGUUAAUGUGCUUUUACGAGUGGGAGAUUGUGAUUGACUGGGAGGGAAUAGUAAAAAGUUCGGAAGACAAGGUAAAAAUUGUAGGGAAAGUGGAAGUUAUAAGUCUGAUCGAUGAAUACGGUGUAAAUAAAUGUGAAACCAAUACAAGCUGGACUUCUAGUACUGAUGGUGAUCUAGUCGGGAGUUUUAUGAAGUCAACUGGUGUUGACUUUAUCAAGUCCAAAUUAGAGAAAUACAUCACAUUACUUAAAGAAGAUUAUGCUCAGGGUCUAAUCCUUCCAUCAAAGAAUGGUGCUAACGUGAAUCCUGCUAGUACAACACGGUCUGGCGCGGCUCUAGACAGAACAACCAACAAAGCUUUCCAUACUGCCGAUGGGAUCAAAGAACCUAAAGACCUGUCAAACAGAGAUCUUUCAAUCACAGAUGAAUUUUUCUGCACUCCGGAUGACCUUUACAGAGUUCUCACCACUAAAGAGGUACCUAGCUCCUUAUGUAGUUACAGUAAGAAUCACAUAGGUUGUAGGGUCGCCCCUAUUAGAUAUAUGGGGAAAAUGUCUCAGCUUUCUUUAAAUUUUAAGAUGGCAAAUUUGUUUUUAAAGCAAAUAGUAUUGUUAACAGGACAUUCUGCGCUGCGUGCUUAGUUUAAGCUCAAAUUUGAAUUCUCUGAUUGAUCCAAUCUUAAUCAUUAUCACUCGUAGCUGGACCGGAGAGACACUAGAAGCUUCUGUGAAAAUUAUUCUUUAUACAGCUGUUUCUUGGGAUUUACCCUGUUGCUACCCCAAUGCUCUUUUUGUCAAGGAAUAUCGGACAAGGGGAACAGAACAAGUUUUGAAUUCACUGAUAAUGAAUAUCUUAAUUUAACCAUAUGAUCUGAAUUUGUAAAGUAGUUUUCAUACUUACCAUUCUGGAAACACCCAUAUUUCCACGCAUUUGAAAAUUUGCAAUGUAUAAGUAAGUAAUUCAAUAGUUCUGGCAGUAGCUUAAUUUUUCUUUCAUGUGCUUCGGGAAAGUAGUUAAACACAAAUUCUCAAACUUACUCCUGCUAACCAUUUAAAUACGUUGGUGCGACUCGUUAUUUGUAACCAGUUAAUCCAGGCACCAAGGCUCUCAUUUAUAUUCAAAUUCUUGGGAUUAAAUGCGCAUCAUUGGAUUGAAGAACACCGAAAUUGGCUGUUUCAACAUCUUUUCAAACCAUAGUAGUAUAAUUGCUCACACAAAACCCGUUGUAUAGUGUUUCAUUUUAUUUCAAGAACGUAGAAUAAAAAGCCAAUCUUAUAAUAAAUCUCCCUCAAGAUGUAUAUUCAAUAAACGAGGUAAUUUGCGUCUAGCUCUAGUAAGAGGCCACGAGUAUGUUGAUCUAAAUUAUGCUCCAUAAUAUUCCGUGAAUUUUGUGUGAUAUUAAGUCAUAUAUAAUACUCCUCCAGAAGUGUUAUGGUAGUAUUUGCGAAAUAUUUUAGAGAAGCGAUAUCCAUGACUUGAUCGUAAUGUUGAAAUAGUUGUACCCGGCUUGCGAAAAUAACAGAAUUUGAUGCCAGACUUUGGAGCUAUGGUAGUAUGUGCCAUGUUCUACGUUGCGUUUGACUCACUGACCAAUUUAUGAUCACAUUACAAUGUGAAUUGUUUAUGAAAGGAUACUCGUGUUGGAAUACCAUAUCACACACUUUUCGCUAGUUACUUUCAGUUUGUAUUGGGUUACCUUUAAUAAAUUACUAAAUAAAUAUCAUAUAGUUUAAGUACGAAUGCGCUCUUUCUAAUUUUAGUUAGUUAAAGCUUUUACACGAUCUGAGGCCACUGUGGACCCAGUUGUCGGUGGAGCAUAUUCCGUCUUCAGCGGAAACAUUACAGGAAUCUUCGACUUGCUAGAUCCUGGUAAAAGUAUUCAAAUGAGGUGGCGUAAACGCGAUUGGCCUGAGAACCACUACAGCUCACUGACUUUGGAAAUGAAUGCUUUUGAAGGCGGAACGCGCCUUUUUUUAGCACAGAAAAAUGUUCCUGCCUAUGACUUGGAAAAUACCCGUGAUGGAUGGCUCACUAUUUUCCUUGCUGCACUGAAACAAACUUACGGAUAUGGUGGACGUAUGUUUUAAGAGCUUUACCAAAAUGACUUCAAAAACGGGAUGUCUGCUAUGUAAUAAUGAUAACAUCUGCUUUUACAUUGUAAGCGGUUAACAGCCUAAUAUAAUAUUUUGUGAU